UCUGCUGAGGGCUGUACCUAUAUGCGGGCAUAUAUGUGAUUACAAGGCGCAGAAAAAGAAACGGAUAUUUACCAAACAGAAAUAUCUGCUCGUAUAUAAUUUAUUCAUAAAGGAAGGUAAAGGAAGGAGGCAUCUAACAUGCGAAAGGAAUGCGAGUUGCGACCUCAGAGUUACCCCAUCGUUAUCAACCACACCCCUUGAUGCCUUCCCGCGGACCGGUGGAUAGUGAUCGUAUGGCCCGGAGCACACCAGUGGCGGUCGGAGAAGGCACAUUAUCAGCAUGACUCGGCACUGUCCGGCCGGCCCGAACAGGUGAUAGGCUGGUGGUCGACGUCCGUGCCGUCAGACCCGGUUCGAUCGCCGCCCGGUGCCGCCGUCAGCCAUUGCCGUCCCGUCCCGCUCGUAUCGCGUCAGCACCGCCCACAGCAGCGCACCGGCUCAGGCCAUCAUGAAGGCCGAGAAGUUCACCCUGGUGCGCCACUUCGAUGGCUAUCCCAAGACGACCGACUUCAAGCUGGAGUCGGAGGAGCUCCCGCCGCUGAAGGACGGCGAGGUCCUCUGUGAGGCAGAGUUCCUCAGUGUCGACCCCUACAUGCGACCUUACACAAUGAGCAUGACGCCUCCCUUCACGAUGAUCGGAGGUCAGGUCGCCAAGGUGGUGGAGAGCCGCAACGCCAAGUACCCAGCGGGCUCGUAUGUGAUCGGGCAGCUGGGCUGGCGGUCGCGCAUCGUCGUCCUGCCGGCGACGCCAGGUCCGGACAAGAGUUCGGCGGCGGGUCUGGAGCUCCUCCCCGACAUGGGCGGCCUCCCUCACUCUUACGCCCUGGGUGUGUGUGGAAUGCCCGGUGUCAGCGCCUACUUCGGCUUCCUGGAGCUGUGCCAGCCCAAGGAGGGCGAGACGGUGGUGGUGACGGGCGCGGCCGGCGCCGUCGGCAGCCUCGUCGGACAGAUCGCCAAGAUCAAGGGAUGUCGCGUCAUCGGCUUCGCCGGAACGGACGACAAGUGCGCGUGGCUUCGUGAGCUCGGCUACGAUGUGGCCAUCAACUACAAAACGUGCCCAGACAUCGACGCUGCCCUGAAGGAGGCUGCACCCAAGGGGGUUGACUGUUACUUCGACAACGUGGGCGGCAUGCUCAGCCAUCGGGUCCGGCAGCAGAUGAACCUGUUCGGUCGAGUCUCCUGUUGCGGCGCCAUCUCCAGUUAUAACGCGAAGACGGGGGAGGGUGCCACGGUGCCUGUGCCGGAACCAGCUAUCGUCUUCAAACAGCUCAAGAUCGAGGGAUUCAUCGUCCGGCGCUGGUGGCACCGCAAAGACGAGGCGAUUUCACAGAUGGCCGCCUGGGUUCGUGAGGGCAAGAUCAAGGUGCAGGAGCACGUCACCGAGGGAUUCCACAAAAUGCCACAGGCCUUCAUCGGCAUGCUGAAGGGAGAUAACACCGGCAAGGCAAUCGUCAAGGCCUAAUCAGCACCACUUGCGCAAUGCUCACACAACCAAUGCUGCGAACAAAUUCAUCUUUAAUCCACUUCAUUUGAAUGCUCAAAUGCAUGAAAAUGAUUCAUCAUGCGCAGAUCGUUUACCUAUAAGGAAAAGGCUCGAAAACCGAAGCCUACUAAUUGCCCGACCUGUGAUACAUGUGCACUAGGCCAGUUACACCAUCAAGUACUCAAAGGCACGCCGCGCAUCUACGUAGUUUGUGCAAUGCAUUGUGUGUUCAGUGUUGUUAUCGUUAUUUGUAUCAACAUUUAUUUCUUCAUGAAUAAAGCACCUGAUGCUU